AUGCCUUCUCUGUGGAAACGAAUAACAUUCUCGGUGGCCUCGGCACUGUGUGUCGGCUCGGUGGCCCUCCUGGUGGUGGCCCUGUCCACAGAGCGGUGGGUUAUCGGGCGGAUUCUGUGUAAAACCGGGGUGGACAUCGUGAACGCGUCCAGUCCGGAGAUGGACCAGUUUAUCGGGGACAUUUACUACGGUUUGUUCCAGGGAGGAAAGACCAAGAGGUGCGGACUCGGGAACAGGCGCUCCAAAAUAUACAUUUUUCCAAAGCUGGUGCAGACGCUGAAUGGGGGUCUUCACAUGAUGGUGAUUCUCUUCCUGCUGGUGGCGGUUGGCUUCGCCCUGGUCAGUCUGUCCUUCUCCAUAUACAACGCACGCAAGGUCCCCUACCAGAGCAUAAAAGGGCACAAAGGACUUUACCUAUGGAACUUCAUUGCUGCUCUUUUUGGCGCCCUGGGUGUUCUUUGUUUCCUGGCAGCCGUGAAGCACCACCGUCUGACUGAGCGGGUGGCAAACCAUGGAGAGAACCUCUUCGUCCUGGAGGUUCUGGAUAACAGCCUGGACUGGUCCUUCUGGCUGGGAGUUGGCAGCGUUGGGACUCACUUUGUCGUUUGUGGAGUGGUCGCUAUGAGUCGCAUCAAGUUGCCCAAACCGGAGAUCAAGAAGCCGGAAGAGCCCACAAUCUCUGCCCUUGACCUGCUCUACUGAAGAACACACACACAUGUUUGCGUGGCUAUCUUUGUGGGGGCUUUGCAUUGACUUCCAUUCAUUUCUACAGCCUAAACCUUACACUUAACCUAACCAUAACAGAAACUCAAUUCACACCUAAUUCCUAAAUCUAACCCCUGGCCCCAAAACAGCGUUUCCCCUUGUGAGGACCAGGCUUCGGUCCCCACAAGGAGCAGUCAGGAAAAUGGUCCCCACAAGGUAUUAGAAACAAACACACACGUGUUGCACACACACAGAAAAAGAGUUAUUGGUUGUGUCUUCUGCUUUCAGCGUGGAAAGGAAAAGAAAAAAACACUUACUGACAUUUGUGAUGACACUGUUUUAC